AUGGAUACACUCAAGAACACCGCAAACUAUGUCUCUGACAAGAUGAAGAGCGCCACGUCUGGUGCCUCUAAGGAGGCCAAUAAGGAAGUGGCCAAGGACAGCAGUGCUGGUCUUGGCAGCCGCCUCCAAGCUACCGGCGACAUGAUCUCGGACAAGGCAAAGGAGACUAAGCACAGCGCUUCCGCGGAGGCUAACAAGGAGGCUGCGAAACACUAA